AUGGGCUCGGACCCCAUGGUGACGGGACGAUGGGCUCUGGGAGAUGGCCUCCCUCCACCUCCACAGGGCCCCCUCCACCUCCAUGGGGCCCUCCCUCCACCUUCACAGGGCCUCCCUCCACCUCCAGGGCCCCCCUCCACCUCCAUGGGGCCUCCCUCCACCUCCAUAGGGCCCCCCUCCACCUCUAUGGGGCCCCCCUCCACCUCCAUAGGGCCCCCCUUCAGCUCCAUGGGGCCUCCCUCCACCUCCACAGGGCCCCCCUCAACCUCCAUGGGGCCCCCCUCCACCUCCAGGGGGCCACCCUCCACAUGGAGCUCCCCUCCACCUCCAUUGGGCCCCCCUCAACCUCCAUGGGGCCCCCCCUCCACCUCCACAGGGCACCCCUCAACCUGCAUGGGGCUCCCCUCCACAGGGCCUCCCUCAACCUCCAUGGGGCCCCCAUCCACCUCCAUGGGGCCUCCCUCCAUCUUCACGGGGCCCCCUCCACCUUCACGGAGCCCCCUCCACCUCCAUGGGGCCCCCCUCCACCUUCACGGGGCCCCCCUCCACCUCCAUGGGGCCCCCCUGACCUGCCACAUGGCUUAA